ACAACAUGACUGAAGCCGAGUUAUACACACUCUAUAAAGGAAUGUCUCUGUCAACACUGCUGAAUUCACCACAGAGCCUCACAUACUUCGAGUGAUUCACUUUCCGCCCAGAUCAUGUUGUUGGGACCUGAAGGACGCGAGAAGAUAGCAGAGCGCUGUUUGUUCCCGAACAUGAAACUCAACAAAAUGUCAAACUACUCAGACGUUCCUCAGGAGAUUAUGGACCAGACAAUGUUGGAAUUCCUCAGAAAAGGAAUCGCUGGCGACUGGAAAAACCAGCUGACAGCGGCAGAGGCAGAAUACUUUGACACAGUUUACAAAGACAAAAUGAAAGAUGUCAAAUAUACAUUUGUAUGGGACUAAAAAAGAACUUUAUAUUUCUAUUUUCACAGACAUAAAAUCUGUCUUUUGUUUUAUGUACUGUAAUAUUUUCUCAUUUAGUCCAGUUAUACAAAAUAAACCUUUCUGAAAUUAAGAGACUUGUAUUGUAAUGUAAUGUACAACCUGUAUUAUUGGUUUGUCUGAUGCACCACAUUUUAUGAAAUUUUUACUUAACAUAACCAUGAAAUAACAUA